UGUCCGGCGACUGCACGGCACAUGGAAGCUAACUGACGUGCUAGCAAGGAACAAUUCUGAAGUUUAAAAAAGCUGUCAUCUCUGCAUGUCAUGUUUUUUGCGGAAUAAGACGCUACUGGUUCUCUAAGUAGUCGCCAUGGCUGGUGUGAGGUGGUGUGGAGCCCACUCCUCGUCUGUCCUGUGUGUCGGAGAGUCUCCUCACUCUGAUGGACUCCUGGCUUCAGGGGGCGAAGGAGGAGAGGUGGCGCUGUGGAGUCAGGAAGGAUCAAUUGUCGGCCACCUCACGCUCUCCAGCGAGGAAGACGUCACCAGUGUGGCGUUUUCACCUGCUGCUCCUGCUUUGCUUUUCAUGGCGCACGGAGACAGUGUCAGUGUUCUGGACCCCCGCAACUUGAAGACAGUGGUGGAGGACUUCAAGCAUGUUGGGGAGGAGGAGAUUAAUUCUGUCGCAGUGAGUGAGAGUGGGUCAUCUCUGGCUGUGGCAGACGACUCUGGAGCCGUGAGGGUUCUGGAGCUUCCUGGAGGGAAAGUGUGCCGGACUCUUCGCAGACACACUAACAUCUGUUCCUCUGUGACGUUUAGACCACAAAGACCCAACAACAUUGUGUCAGCUGGACUGGAUAUGCAGGUGAUGCUGUGGGGUCUGCAGAAGACCCGCCCCCUCUGGACUCUGAGCCUACAGGACGUGGCUGAAGAAGAAGACGACCAGCAGCAGCAGCGUCCGGGUCAACUGUUCAACCCUCCGUUGGCUCACUGCGUCUCUGUGUCUUCCUGUGGAAACGUGGUCGGCUGUGCGGCAGAGGACGGACGCGUUCACCUGAUGCGCAUCGGCAGUGGCUCCAAACUGGGCCAGCUGGGAGCGAUCAAGGCACACAGUCAGGGGGCCUCGCAAGCCCACUUCCUCAGCUUUCUCUCCCACCCUUACUGGCUGGCCACAGGCGGAAACGACGGACAGGUGUCCCUCUGGGACGUGAGCAAGCACCCGGUCGUGACUCCGGGGGGGAAGAGUAAAGGUCAAGGGUCAGGAGGUCAACGUAAGAAGGGCAAAGCCAAGUCUCGGGAUAAAGCGACAACCUCACAGACCGAAGCAGAGGAGGCCGCGGCCGAAACUCUAAACUUCUCAACUCCCAAAAUGACUUUCAGUCACGGAGACAAGAUCAACUGGUUAAGCCCUGCCUUGCUCAAAGGCAACGCCAGUUUAGUGGUUGCAGAUCAGAGUGACAGUCUAACCGUCUACCCCCUAACGGGACUGUGAAUCCACUCACAAUGCUGACUCAGCUUCCACUCCUGCUCAAAAGCACUGAGUAAUACACUUCUGCUUUUUAUAGAAAAUAAGAUUAUUUUGUGAGUGUGUGUCCAUGACGCAGCAUGAUCCCCCAUUUACUCUGUGACGUGAGUUUGUAAUGAAAGAAACUGUAAAGCACUGUGUUCAUUUUCAGCAAGAAGAGGUGGCGUUUUAAUGAGUCUGCGCUUCUUUGUAGAUUAGAGACCAGUUCAAUUUACAACACCGCAAAGUCAUUAAGUAAAAACAAGCAGAACCUCUGAUUCAUAUUCUUUUGUUUUUCCUACGGCAUAAAUCCCGAGCACAACUUCCUCCCUGGCAGAGUCAAAACAGUUUGAAGACUUCAAAAUCCAUUAAACCCCUGUUUUAUUACAACAGGGCACAUUUUAUGAGAAAGAAAAAUCAUAAACUGUGGGUGAUAUUUCACUCUUUAACUUUGUUAUAUAAACUCGAUUUCAUUUCUUUUGAUGGAUUUAGUUUUUAUGAACCUCUUGACUAAAAAUUGACUUACCUCACCCCCCUAAAAAUAGUUAAUGGAAAACAGCUCUUUUUUUCCAAAUCAGUAGUGGCGUUCAGUCGAUUAAAAUGGUUUCAUUCUUUGGUACUGCUCAGUCGGAAUGAGCUAGGGACCAACACAUAUUUCACUGUGGCUGUCCUUGAUGUUUCAAGCAACCUAUCCAAACCUGUUAAAGACCCUCUAGCCGGAAACGCAUUAUUUAUUUGACCUAACUUUCCAUUGAAAGUGUUCACAAGACUCGUCACAAAUUUUCACAUGCGUCAUUAAACCAGCCAAAUAAUGAACUUAACUCUUGAUGAAUUCAAAGUAUGUUGAAUCAAAGGCACUUUUUAUGUUUCAAGUCAACAAAACAAAACUCUUUAUUCACUUACUCUGAUUCUGAGCCGUAACAUCUGAAUGAUCUCACACUGACAGUCUUCUGAAAAGCCUUAUAUUGUUUUAAAUAAGUCUGAAAACAAGCAGCAGAAAAUCCAAACCCUGGUUUCAAACUAUUGGCAGUGAAAAAAAAAAAUCGGAUCAAAACACCAUCGGC